AUGACAUUCUGGGUGACAGUCCUAUGUGCCCUCUUAGCAUGCUUACUGGGUGGGCUCUAUCUGGCAGGGGCAUUCCGCAAGCGGAGACCCAAGGAGCCUCCUUUGGAUAAAGGCACAAUCCCAUGGCUAGGACACGGGCUGACAUUCAGAAGCAACACUGCGAACUUCCUGAAAAUGAUGCAAAAGAAACAUGGUGAUAUUUUCACAGUGCUAAUUGGAGGCCAAUAUUUCACAUUCCUAAUGGACCCCCUCUCUUUUGGAAAUGUUGUGAAGGAAGCAAGAGGCAAACUGGAUUUUAGGGACUAUGCAUCAGAACUCGUUGUUAAAGUGUUUGAGUUUCAUGCUGCUCCAGAAAGUCACGAGGUAGUGGAGACUGCCAGCACAAGACACCUCAAGGGGAAUGGGCUAGGAGUGAUGACUGAGGCCAUGAUGGAAAGUUUGCGCACAGUGAUGCUUCAUGACCUGGGCACGGCAGAAGGGCAGCGGCAAUGGAAACAAGAUGGCUUGUUCCACUUUAGUUACAAUUUGGUUUUCCGGGCUGGAUACCUAGCUUUGUAUGGAAAUGAACCGAAUACAAUGAAACAAGACAAAGAAGAAGCCAAGAGGUCUGACCUAGCUUUCUCUGAAGAAAUAUAUGAGGAAUUUCGCAAAUAUGACAAGUUAUUUCCACGCUUAGCUUUCUCCAUGCUGACUUAUGGAGAAAAAAGAAAAGUUGAGCGUUUAAAGAGACUCUUCUGGAAUAUCCUCUCCGUGAAGGAAGUAUACCAGAAGGACAACGUCAGUCAGUGGGUAAGUGACCAGAACCGGCAGCUGGCUGAGGCUGGGAUGCCUGAAUACAUGCAGGACCGCUAUAUGUUUUUGCUCCUCUGGGCUGCUCAAGGUAACACUGGCCCAGCUUCCUUCUGGCUUCUUCUGCACCUUAUGAAAAAUCCCAAGGCCAUGGAAGAGGUGAGGAAAGAAGUGGAUGGAGUGAUCAGGAAAUCUGGCCAGGAGGUGAAGCCAGGGGGUGAAGCGGUUAAGAUCACCAAAGAGAUGUUAAGUGAGACGCCUGUCAUGGAUAGUGCCCUGGAGGAGACUCUGAGGAUGGCGGCAGCCCCUCUGCUGAUCCGGGUUGUGAAGGAGGACAUGGAACUCAACAUGAAUGGUGGAAGGGUGUACAGUCUGCGCAAGGGAGACAAACUUGGGAUUUUCCCCUAUACGGCAGUACAUAUGGACCCAGACAUUCACCCUCAGCCCCACGUCUUCAAAUAUGACCGGUUCCUCAGCCUAGAUGGCACCAAAAAGGAAUUCUUUAAGAAUGGGGAAAAAGUGAAAUAUUAUACCAUGCCCUGGGGUGCGGGAGUUUCCAUGUGUCCCGGACGUUUCUUUGCUGGCAAUGAGAUGAAACUAUUUGUCUUUCUCUGUCUCGCAUAUUUUGACAUGGAGCUGGUUAAUAAGGAUGAGGAAGUCCCUCCAAUAGAUGAGAGCCGCUAUGGCUUUGGGGUAAUGCAGCCCACGCAUGAUAUCCAGUUAAGGUAUCGGCUGCGCUUUUGAUUGGCAGUGGGAGGAGAAAGAAAGCCUUUGUCAUAAUCCUGUGCAUGAUCAGUCCUGAACUCAUUUAUGGAGAAACCAAAUACAGAAAGACGCCAAGUAUACAUUCAUGUAUGAAGAGGGAAGCUAAGAGGGGAGGGGAGGUGAAGUCAUGUUAGUGAUGAGCAAAGAUCGUUGAAUAAUCCAUCUUUCUAUUUUCAGUAUGUUAUUUACCAUUGUUGUGGAGUGAGGUUAAGGUUGGGGGCUUCUGACUAUUUAAAAACCCUCCUUUCCGUGCAGAUGUUCUAUAUCUAAAGCUAGGUCAUUGGCCUUAAAUUAUCCAUA